AAAUACUCACUUUCCUUCUUCAAUGCCCAAAAAGUCAAGUUUAGAUUCCUUUUCUGGUCAUUUUUGUUUAGAUUUACUCCUACAAUUAGCACAAUAUCAGUCAUUCACUUUCUCCAUCAUAUUCUUAACGAGGACCUAUUUGGAAGGCCAACAUCAAAAGUUAUAUUGCCUAUAAAAAACGGUGAUGUCAAAUUAGCAACGCAUUGUUACAAGGAGGCCAUUGGUGCUGCAACUCCAUAAGACUGAGGGUGGGGUAGAAUAUGCAGAGUUUCUUCAUGCUCCUAAAAAGAGACUUACAGAUUUUGCUGCAGUGCGACAAGAGAUUUCAGAUGAGACAGACCGCAUUACUGGGAAAACCAAGCAAAUCUCAAAUGUCCCUAUUCACCUGAGCAUCUAUUCUCCUAAUGUUGUAAAUCUAACUCUUGUAGAUCUUCCUGGGCUGACAAAGGUUGCUGUAGAGGGGCAGCCAGAGAGUAUUGUAGAAGAUAUUGAAAUGAUGGUGCGCUCUUAUGUGGCAAAGCCCAAUUGCAUCAUUUUGGCUAUUUCUCCAGCCAACCAGGACAUUGCAACUUCUGAUGCUAUAAAACUUGCAAGAGAAGUUGAUCCUUCAGGAGAAAGGACAUUUGGAGUGUUAACUAAACUAGAUCUGAUGGAUCAAGGAACAAAUGCCUUGGAUGUGCUUGAAGGUAGGUCAUACAGGCUCCAACAUCCGUGGGUUGGAAUUGUGAAUCGUUCACAGGCUGACAUUAAUAAGAAUGUUGACAUGAUGUAUGCCCGUCGUAAGGAACAAGAGUAUUUUGAGUCCAGCCCUGAAUAUGGACAUCUGGCUCAUAAAAUGGGUUCUGAGUAUCUGGCAAAACUUCUCUCACAGCAUUUGGAGGUUGUCAUUAGGCAGCGCAUACCGGGUAUUAUUGCACUAAUAAAUAAGACUAUAGAUGAGCUUAAUGCGGAGUUGGAUCGUAUUGGACGGCCUGUUGGUGUAGACGGAGGGGCACAACUGUAUACAAUAUUGCAAAUGUGUCGUGCAUUUGAUCGCAUAUUCCGAGAACAUCUUGAUGGAGGGAGGCCUGGUGGUGAUAGGAUAUAUGCUGUCUUUGACCAUCAGCUCCCCUCUGCCAUGAAAAAGCUUCCUCUGGAUCGCCACCUUUCGUUGAAUAAUGUCAAGAAAGUCAUUUCUGAGGCAGACGGUUAUCAGCCUCACCUGAUUGCACCUGAACAAGGAUACAGGAGAUUGAUUGAUGGAUCCCUUGGAUACUUCAAGGGUCCUGCUGAAGCUUCUGUUGAUGCGGUGCACAUCAUAUUGAAAGAAUUGGUGAGGAAGUCCAUUGCACAAACAGAGGAAUUGAAGCGAUUCCCAACACUUCAAUCUGAUAUAGCUGCUGCUGCAAAUGAUGCACUUGAGAGGUUUCGUGACGAAAGUCGCAAGACGGUUAUGAGACUGGUGGAAAUGGAAUCUUCAUACCUGACUGUGGAGUUUUUCAGGAAGCUUCAGACAGAGCCAGAGAAAAAUGCAAACACAAACCAAAGUAGUUCAAAUACAGACCGCUACACAGAUCAUCAUCUGAGAAGAAUUGGAUCAAAUGUCACUGCAUAUGUUAGCAUGGUAUGCGACACAUUAAAGGGUACUAUUCCCAAGGCAGUCGUUUAUUGCCAAGUUCGAGAGGCUAAGAGAGCACUGUUAAACAGGUUCUACUCUGAAGUUGGAAGGAGAGAGAAGGAGCAGUUGGGGAAAAUGCUGGAUGAAGAUCCUUCACUAAUGGCAAAGAGGGAGGCCAUAGCCAAGAGGCUGGAGCUGUACAAGUCCGCCAGAGAUGAGAUUGACUCUGUUGCAUGGAAAUGAAAAAUUGACCAAAUUCUUCUACUCUUCUCCCUUACAUAUGUCGAAUUAAUUAGUUCACACAUAUAUAACAGUCUCAUUGUUUGAUUUGUAGUUCCACUGAGCUGUGGUGACAAACAUGAAACGUAUGCUAAAUCAUACUUCUUAUUUUUUUUCACAGAAAAACAAUAAUAGAAGUGCCCCCUAUGUAAACAUAUUCACAUGUAGUCUUAUUGCCAGUUUACUUUUAUUAUUUUGUUCUUCCAUUUUGCUUGUUU